AGAGUGUAUGUAAUCCGCUGAAAUAAGGAAGAACUAAGUUGUUCUCCUUGCUUUUUGAAAAAAACUAUUUUAUUAGAAUCGCACCGUCAUUGCCUUCAAGUUCAAGUGUUUUGUGUAUAUAUGUAAAAUUACAAGUGCCGAACCAAGUUACUAGCUUUUGCAUUUGCUUUACCACUACGUCGUCCAUCUACGAAGUUUGUUCCGACUACACAAGUCGACCUACAUCCACAAGGAACAAAUUGCACUACAGAUUUUUUUUGCGAAGUAUACUAUAUCUAUGCCCUGAACUAAGAAGUCAAAACAAAAACAAAAAGCACAGACUCAAUUUUCCUGUGAAGAUCGCUAUCGCGCUGUGACAUUUUGCACUGAAGGAGAAGAGUUUUUUUUUAUUUACUAGGGACGUUUACAACAAAUACAAGGGACGAAUUCUUGCGGAGAUACUAGUAAAGAUGUUUCGGUCGUUGGUUUCUUGGUCCACCUUCUCUACUACUGCUCUCUUGACAUGCGGCGGCAAUUCUUACAUCAAAGUUGCUGAUGCGGCAGCGACGAUUUUUGCCAAACAAGAGCAGCAAGUACUAGAACAAGGUCCUUCUUUCGGGGAUCAGCACGCUUCGAUCGUAGCGGAUUUGGCAAAGCUUCCUUAUCAGGAGAAGGAGAAAAUCUGCACCGCGUAUAUCCGUCGAGAAAUUUUCGGGGAGGAGCAAUGCGGCGAAGAUGCCAAUGUGGCGAAGAUGAUGAAUAAUGUCCGCCUUCCAAAUGACGUUUUUCUCUCUGAGGCCGCAUUGGAUUGCAUUUAUUACGUGAAAAGCUUCAUUGAAGGCCGGAACAUAUCUCUGUGGAGCAUGAGGUUGACGAUCGAAGACACCCCGACUGGUAGUGCUAGAGUUGCGAGGAACCCACUGGUUCAUUAUGAGAACAUACCCAGAGUUGCGCAGAUGUUGGUUACGGCAGCUCAGGCUGGACUGACACCAGAUGGAAACGGUAUCAAAUGCAAAAAUGUCUGGGUCUGGAAGAUUGCGAGAUUUGUCAUGCUGAUCUGGCAUGGCCCUUAAACCUGUAUUGCGUGGCCACAAACAGCCUCUCUCGCCUGUCAUGCAAAAACGCAGUUUCUCAUGCGGAAUACGCAGCACAGAAGCACGAAGCAACUUGUCAUGCUUGGCGGCGCAUAACAGUGCAUUUGUUAUUGACUGACUUGCAUCACAAGUUUCCAGACCCAGACAUUUUUGCAAUUCAUAAACGGCUGGGUGGGCCCAGUCAAACGGGAGGCGGGUCCUAUCCUGAGUAAAAACGUACCCACACCAGAGUUGUCAUGCAGAUUUGCAAGCACAAGAGCAUUUGUAAUGCGCAUCCCCAUGAGGGACAUUGCCCAUCGUGUUUUGGAACUUGUAAUGCUGUAAACAGGAUCAGAAGGUCGAUUUGUGAUGCGGCUUUCCUUGCUAACUUGCACUACCUUACGGACUGAAACUUGUCAUGCGUGACUCCUAAAACUCCCAGGCUUGUGUUGCAAAAUCCCCAUCCUGACCCUGGUGUGGGUACGUUUUUACUCAGGAUAGGUCCUGGGUCGUACUUUGUGUUUCACCGAGUCCCUGCGGACCUGAAGAAGCCCCAACCGUUACCGUACGAUCCGCCGAGCAGGUUGUUUCAAGAUCAUCCGGAGCUCUUGCGGCAGAUGCACUUGCAAGACAAGACUUCCAAAAAGAAGAAGAACAAGAAGAACAAGACGGCGCGAGGAGCUCGGCCACCUGCUGCACAACAAGAUAGUGCACGAGCGCGUCGCGACCAGCGAGAACAGCGUUUGGAUGCUGGUGCUCCACACGUUCUUGCGCGAACCCAGCCGCAUCCACAAGCCGUGACGUACCCCCCUUCUUGGGACCAGCAACAGCAUCAGCAGCACCUCCACCAUCGUCCGGUCCAGGCCCCGCACCUCCACCUGGCGCAGUGGCCUAGGUAUGGGCUCUACCCGCACUACAACCCGGCUGCGCACCAGUGGCCUGAGUUUGCAUACCACCCGCACCAACAGGCGCCUUUGCCGGGACCUACGUUCUUGCCGCAAUACCCGGCAGCAGCUGCGAUGGGGCAGCCGAUGCAUCACCCGCCCGCGGCCAGCCCUGCGGCUACGCACGGAAUAGUCACAGGACCGUGGUCGGCUCCCGCAUCAAGUAGUUCUUCUAUGCCUUAUCCUCCUGCAGCCACGCAUGUCGGCCUCGGCGUCCAGACUGCAACGGGUGAUACUACAGCGAACAGCGCGUAUCAAAUGCAAAUAUGUGUAGGUCUUCAAGAGGAAGAUUGCGGAUGUGCUGCCGACAGCUCUCCGAUGUCAUGCUACUAGUCUGGCGUGACGCUGACCUCUGUAUUGGGUUCCCACAAAGAGUAGCUCCUCUUGUCUAUCAUGCAGGAACGCAGUUUCUCCUGCGGGGCACGCACCAACUUGUCAUGCUUGGCGAUUCAUAAUAAAUAAGUUCUUGCUGCAGUGUGUGUAUUGAUUAUUCACUGACUGUGACUUCUUGCAUCGCAACUUUCCACCCCCAGGCAAUGACAUAGAAAGAUAUUUGCAAUCCAUAGAACGACACAGAUGACGACAACUACUCCGGCAGGAGCUGCAGCGAAGACGUCGGAUCAGAAAUAUGGCCUCCGGAAGUGUUACGUUCUCAACUGUUACACAGCUAACAAACUUGUCAUGCAAAAUCUACGUCGCCUGUCGCUUUCCCUUUGUCUUUCCCACUUUCUGUUUUCAUGAAGCUAUGCGACCCAAACUACUUGAGAUGCCUCAAAUAGCAUCGAGAGCUGUUCAAAACUUGUCUUGCGAACGGCCGCGCGGCGUGCCUCGCUUUUCUCUUGCUGGUCGUCAUUUGCCAUAGAUAAAAAAUGUGUGGAGUCUGUAUGUAACACCAGCUGAGAAUGCAAAAGCUGAGGAGGCCAUAAGAAACUCGACGAGUUGCGCCUGCGUCUCCAGCAGAAGCAAGCCCUCCACUUUCUCGACAAGGUUGUCGAGGAGGAGGCCACAAAAGCAAAGGCAAGACGCAAGGCGCUGGAGGCGAGUCGCACACACGCGGAGCAGGACAAAGCGACGGCGUCAACCGGCGACGCGGUCAGCACUUUGUCCCCCGAUUCGGCGCAGCCAGAGGUCGUGCAGGACCAGCACAGCUUCCUUCCUCGUCGUACUCCCCUACCGCUCCCCAAGAAGCGCAGGAUGAAUCCGAAUCCCUACGUCGAUGUGCAGAACCCUUAUGUCGACGGGGCCCCAGCACCCACACCAUAGUUGUCUUGUCAUCCGCGGCGUGGAGGUUGGGCGAGGACAAGUGAAAUUGUGGAAGUCUGGUUUUUCGUUUUAGGUGGUCGUAAGCCCCGUCUUUCGUAGUUCGCACUUCUGAUGGUGACCGCACGUGAAUCAUGCACGUUGUAUAAUUUGCAUUUAAAAAUCGAGAGCUGCUAUCUUGCUCUUACAUUCCCGUUCGAAGGUAGUUUUGUUCGGGACAAACACAAAGACGAAACACAAAGCUCUAUUUUUCUGAAACAUUCAAAAUCAAGUGACGCCGUGAAAAUGAAGCAAUUAGAGGGACGAGAAGGAAAAAAGUGUUUUUCCUUCUCGUCCCUUUGAGGAGUAGGAGCUUAUGCUGUGGGUCAAGCAAAAAAAAAAGUCGCGAAUUAUGGUAUGAGCUGCUGCAGUGCUUACCAUUGCAUCUGCACCUACACCUACCUCAGCAUAAGCAUAACGAACAUAAUCAUAAUUUGCUACCUUCCUGCAGCUCGCUGGACCAAGCCAUACAGCGUACCACCUUACCUGCAGGAGCGCUCCUCUAGAGCGCACUUCUAAGGCGGAUGAAAAAGUAGUCGAAAGUGAAGUAGCUAUAUUAACACUAGCAGGUUCGUCUUGUUGCCGAGCCGAGGCAGAGUUGUUUGAGCUGCGCACUCUUUACCUGCCUUUGCUAUGGAGCACUCUUGAAAGAAGAAGUGCAAGAACUUCUAUUUCAACAACAGAUGGCUGGCGUUUCUGACCUUUAUUUUGCGGCGAUGUCAGAAGAAAGUCACUUCGUCAACGACGAAGUAAAAACUUAAAAGGUGGCAGGCACCCCUCUUGCCGGGGCUGCCAACACCGCUGGAGCUGUAGUAGUCCCUGGGUACUGGCGCGUCAAAAGUAGACUGCCUUAUUCAUUGAAAACUAUUCGAACUAGAACUUCUACGAAUUGAAAUUCAACGGUACCUGAAGGGACUUAAGUGAAAGAAU